UGUAUGACAACAGAUAUGCUUCAGGAGUUGAAUUCUAUCAACACUACUGGCAUUUGAACAUUCAUUAUCAACCUGAGAGUAAUUUUAAAAAAAAAAUAAGUGGAUAUCUUAGUAAUUAUUGAGCCUUAAUUGUAUCAAGAACCGGACUUGGUGAACAAUAUAAUCAGCAAUGCAAAAUACAAAGCAAAUUUCGGAACCCAGUCAAUGUGACCAAGCCAAAUACGAGUAUAAGAAAACGUCAUAUACGGAGAUAUACAAUGUACUACAAACCUCACGCCAAGAUGAGGUUCUUUGUGAUAUCAAACUAGAAACAGACGAUGGUGAAGUUAUAUUCGGCCACAAAGUGGUUCUAGCAUCGGCUAGUCCAUAUUUCCUUGCAAUGUUCACAAAUUUUUCAGAAAAAAAUCAAGAUCUAGUUACUAUCAGGCAGUUGGACUAUAGUGCCCUACAGCUCUUAAUAGACUUUGUUUAUUCUGGAAAAAUCUCAAUCACUGAAAAAAAUGUGCAUAUUUUGUUGUCAGCAUCGAAUCUUUUGCAGUUACAAGAAGUCAAAAACGCAUGUUGUGAUUUUCUACAGGCACAAAUAUGUCCUACAAAUGUUAUUGGAAUAAUUACUUUAGCUGAUUUACAUAGCUGUACGAAAUUGUUAACAAGUUCAGAAUUAUAUUUUCAACAACACUUUUCGGAUGUGAUAGAAGGCGGAGAAUUUCCGUGCUUGUCAUCUGAACAAGUGGUCAAAUUAAUCUCUAGUGAUGAACUUACAGCUCCAUCUGAAGAAAAAAUAUUUGAAAGUGUUAUCCGGUGGGUAAAACAGUAUUUGGAUUCCACAAAACAAAUUUUGCCCCAAUUAAUGGAGGAACAUGUGCGUCUACCGUUAAUAUCGAAAGAUUACAUAUUAAAAAAUGUUGUUGAUGAUCCUCUUCUUAAUAAUUGUUUUAAAUGCAAAGAUUACGUUCUUGAAGCAUUACGUUUUCAUUUACUUAAGUCAGAAGAACUUAUCCAAAUUCCACAUAACAUCCGAACUAAACCUAGACAGCCCGGUGGUACACAUAAAGUAUGAUACCGUUAUAAUUCGAUAGUACAGAAUG